AUGGUCCUCCAAGCUUUUGCGAGUUGCUUCUUUCUCCUGUCCGCGUAGUUCGACGGCAGCGAGUUGCCGGAGACAGACAGAGAGAAGCAGCGGUUCACCCCGUUGACUGGCAUGGCGACGGCGGCCAAGGAUGCGGCGUCCGCGGCGGAGAAGAAGGGGGCGGCGGUGGCGGUGACGCAGAUGAAGCUGCUGGUGGACAGGCGGUCGCGGCGGGUGCUGUACGCGGAGGCGCGCAAGGACGCCGUCGACUUCCUCGUCGGCCUCCUCCGCGUGCCCGCGGGCCUCGCCGCGCGCGUCAUCGCCAAGCACGCCGCUGGCGCUGCAGAUGGCGCCGGCGACGUUCACGCCGACGAAGCGCACGCCGCGCCGGGCUCCCUGGGCACGCUCUACGCCGGGGCCAAGGCACUGGGCGACGAGUUCUUCGUCGCCGCCGCGCCCGACCGCGACGCGGUCCUCUGCCCGGCGAUCCCCUCGGCCGCGCUCGCGCUGCUGCUCGAGGGCGAGCCGUCUGCGGCGGCGGCCGCCACCCCGCCGCCCGCCACGCCCGCCCCGCCGAAGCGGUACUUCCGGUGCGCGGGCCCGUACGGGACGUCGUGCCGCGGGAACCCGACGUGCGUGACGGACGUGGCCGGCCUGCCGUGCCCGGUGUGCCGGCAGCCGAUGACGGUGGAGAUGCGGUGGAGCCCCGGGGACGCGCACGGCAAGCUGGCGCAGGCGGCGGCCCAGGAGGCGGCGGCGGCGUCUGCAGGAGCAGGAGGGUACGUGAAGGAGGUGGUGAGCUACCUGGUGAUGGACGACCUCACGGUGGAGCCCAUGUCCACCAUCUCCGCCAUCAUGCUGCUCAAGAAGUUCAAGGUCGCCGACUGCUCCGCCCUGGAGGAGCUCACCGUCGAUCUCGGCCACAAGGAGGCCGUGCUUCUGCUCAAGGCCGCGCUCGAGUCCAAGACGGCGCUCACCGACGUCUUCUGCGGCGGCGUCUCCAUUGACAGGCUCGAGUGAGAGCAAACGAGCGAGGGGCCGAGCACCAUGAAAGCGCAACUGAGAGGCCGAGGAGAUGGUAUAAUACAUAACCAUACAUGCCGAAUUGUACAUGAAGCAUGUUUAAACGUAGCACACGUAUCAAUCUUAUGCUAAUAUUGUACUGUAAAUAAAAAAAGCUUCAUCUCUGAAUACAAGCACAUGCACACCGA